GGUAGUGCAGCCACUCUUCCUACCACCAGUCAGCGAGAUCAUUGUUGGGGGGUAGACGGAUUACAGACAAGAAGCUUUUCAUUGCUGAAGAGCUGAGAGUUUGAACACUCAUACAGAGACAGAAAACACAAAAUACAAAAAAAAUGACAACAGUCAGCGAGCCAGUAGCAAUUAGCAGACCCGUGCGAUCUUCUAGAAGAUACAAAAGUGUGAGAAAAAACUCCAGAAGAAUCUAUUCACCCUACCAAGAUCAGCAACCCAGUAACUCGGAUGAUGAUGACAAAAUUGAAGAGAGGAUUGAGAGCAGCGAUCCUGAGGAAAUGUUCCAGAACAUUCAGAUUCAGAAGGAGAUCAUCGCCAACAUUCGCACUCGACCUUGGCCCAUGAGGCACAAACUUAAAGCCCUCAAGCAAGCCAGGGAGAUUGUUUUGAAGUAUGAAGGCAGGCUGACCAGGACAAGGGGGUAUCAAGCUGCAGGAGCUGACUUGCUGAAAAAACUGUCACGUUUGGUAUAUAACAUAGUCGUCCUUUUCAUUCCAUGGGAAAUGAGGAUUAAGAAAAUUGAAAGUCACUUUGGAUCUGGCGUUGCUUCUUACUUCAUCUUUCUGAGAUGGCUGUUUGGUAUUAACAUUGUCUUAACCAUCAUGACCGGAGCAUUUGUGAUACUGCCUGAACUUCUGGCAGGAGCGCCUUUUGGAACCACGAGAAGCAAGACCAUUCCAAAGGAACACCUCGCCUCAGCACAGGACCUCGACACCAUCUGGUCACUGGGGGGCUACCUCCAGUAUUCUGUCCUGUUUUAUGGAUAUUACGGCCGAGUUAGGAAGAUUGGGAGCGCUGGAUACCGCCUGCCCUUGGCUUACUUCCUGGUUGGGAUGACUGUCUAUGCCUACAGCUUCAUUAUCCUGUUAAGAAAAAUGGCAAAAAACUCCCGGCUUAGUUUAGCCAGCGCCUCAGAUGAGAACUACACAUUUUGCUGGCGUGUCUUUUGUGCCUGGGACUACCUGAUUGGAAACCCCGAGGCAGCAGAGAGCAAAGCAGCAGCGAUUGUCAACAACAUCAGGGAAGCAAUUCUAGAAGAACAGGAGAAGAAGAAGGACAAAAGCCUGGCUGUAAUGAUUAGUCUGAGAAUCCUGGCCAACAUUCUUGUUCUGCUGUCACUCGCCGGGAGUAUUUACAUCAUCUACUUUGUCGUUGAUCGCUCUCAGAAACUUGAGCAAGAGAAGCCAGAAUUAACCUUGUGGGAGAAGAAUGAGGUCAGUGUGGUUGUGUCUCUUAUCACCAUGAUUGCUCCCUCUGCUUUUGAGCUGGUGGCCCAGCUGGAGAUGUACCAUCCCAGAACAACACUGAGAUUUCAGCUUGCCAGGGUUCUUGUCUUGUACCUGGGAAACCUCUACAGCUUGAUCAUUGCUCUUCUGGACAAGGUGAACAGCAUGAGUUCAACCGAGGUUUCUGUUGGUUCCAGCAACUGGUCAGACUCCACAGCUUUUCUGGCCACUAUUGCUCUUCCAGAAGAGGAAAACCUUUCAACUAUUGUGCCUGAAAUCACUGAGAGAAGGAACAGCACUCUGAGCUUAGGCCUGGUGGAGAACACACCCAGAACCAUCAUUCCUGUAGCCCUUAAUAAAACAGCAUCAUAUGAGUACAACAUGAAGUCGCAACAAGACCAGUGCUGGGAAACCUACGUUGGACAGGAAAUGCUGAAACUUUCAAUUAUAGACAUGAUUUUUACCGUGGCCAGUAUCUUAUUGAUUGAUUUCUUUCGUGGCCUUUUUGUUCGAUACCUGAGUGAUUGCUGGUGCUGGGAUCUGGAGAGCAGGUUUCCUGAAUACGGUGAAUUUAAAAUAGCUGAAAAUGUCCUGCAUCUGAUUUACAACCAAGGAAUGAUAUGGAUGGGUGCCUUCUUCUCUCCCUGCCUCCCAGCAUUUAAUGUUCUCAAGCUGAUCGGGCUGAUGUACCUCAGGAGCUGGGCAGUGCUCACAUGUAAUGUUCCACAUCAGCAGGUCUUCAGAGCCUCCAGAUCCAACAAUUUCUACCUUGCCAUGCUGUUAUUUAUGCUGUUCCUCUGCAUGCUCCCCACAAUCUUUGCAAUAGUCAGGUAUAGACCAUCUCAAACCUGCGGGCCUUUCAGUGGCCAAGAGAAGAUAUACGACAUAAUUUCUGAAACUAUUGCUACUGAUUUCCCCUUGUGGUUCAGCAAAGUCAUGAACUACGUCACAAGCCCUGUGGUUGUCCUUCCAGCCCUAUUGCUGCUUUUUAUGUUAAUCUACUAUCUUCAGUCAAUUGCGAGAUCAUUAAAGUUCACUAACAAUCAGCUGAGAAUGCAGCUUCAAACAGAGAGAACAGAAGAUAAGAAAAAAGUUUUCCAGAUGGCUGCAGCUAGAAUGCAAAGCCAGGAAGGGAGUGACAAGAAGCCAGAGCAGGAGAGCGAUCUUACGAGCCAGGAGUCCUCCAUUCGCUCCUCUUCGCCCAGGCGCAACGGCAGUGUGGCCAACUUUGAGUCUCCGGUCAGCAGGGGCAACAGCAUUCGCACCAUAGCACAGUCUGCGUCCCGCACGGAUGUCAACAGGGCAGCAACCACGUCACAAAGUCCUUCCAUCCCCAUAUUACAAAAACAAAGAAAGGAACAGAUCCCAAACAGGCAUCCAGGAUUUUUACAUGGAGGCGCGAGUGGCUCCUGUAAAUCAAAGUCCUACCACCAUGUGGCAUACAACCCCUCCAGCAGGUACACGGAGAAUGUCCAUUCAGAUCCCUUGUUCAGAAAGAGCAUCCGGCCCAUGCACCCAGAGGCCCUCGGAGGAGGAGGAGGAGGAGGAGGGGCGCAGGGCUUCUCCAGCCGCAGAUCUCACACCACGCGCUAUGUGAUUGUCAACGAGCACGAGGCCCGGAAGAAACUGCUGAGGUCUUCCACCAGGAUACCGCGGCACUACAGGGUAGACGAGCCAGGGGGCAUAGUGGAGCUGUAUCCCAGGCACAUCAAACGAUACAGCAUUCAGACUCCUCAGAGGUCACGCCAGCCACACCUCAGUGAAGAGGAAGAGGAGGAGGAAGAGGUAAAGAAAGUCCGUCGGGGCUCCUUCAUCCAGACGCACCGGCCCCGAUCUCUGUCUGAUCUGCACCAGCCAGCGCGCUUUUACAUCGGGGAAAAAGUGGAGAGCCACCACUCCCUGGUCAAAGACCUGAUGAAGAGCUGUUACGGGUUUUAUGAAGAUGGCUGCGAAGUGGAGUGGGAGGAUGCAGCCUCUCGCCCUCGCUCCCGGACAAACGUCAGAGCCGCAGAUCCCCUGGAGCAGCAUCCCGAGCCGCCAGUCAAGCCCAAGCUGAAACACAAAGCAGAUCCGUGCCUCACAGAAUCGGACUCGGCAUCCAUCGCAUCCAGCAGCGAUCAGCAAAACAGCAGCACCGACCAGUACAUCCAGGUCAUCCACAGCAAGGAGAAAUACCUGAAGCCCACGGGCAAGCUGGCUAAAAAGAAGUCUAAGGCCAAUAUUGAUUUUAAUGUUUCUGGAUCGAAUGAACUGAUCUGCUCCAAUGUGUAGAGGAAUUGUUCUGAAUUCCAUCUGUCCUUUCAACUUGCCUUGCAUUCUUAGCUUUGCUGCUAUGUACUACAGCUUAGUAGCUAGUAGUUCACCAUGAAGCUUAAUGUUUCAUACACGUGACACACAAUCAGGUUAUUUCUCAAAAUAGUUAAAAAAAUUAUUAUUUCUGAUCACCACAUCUAGUUUCAGUGACACUAAGAACAGUGUUGUCUGUGCGCAUGUUUGCAAACCUUUCACUCCGAUCAUGUGAGUGGGCUAUUGAAUUUAAUGUAUACUUAAUAAGCACAUUCAUUUGUUUUUGCAAUAACUACA